AUGGCAAUUACUGUAUUAGAUAAACCAUUGAACGAUCUACGUCAAGAAAUAACUGCUCUUCGUCAAGGAAAUUUAUCACGCGAUUAUGACACUAAUAAAUUAGCUACAAUAAUAACUCUAUCGAGAGAUUCAUUACGAGAAACGGAAGUAUUUCAAAAACAAUUAUUACAACAAUUACAAAAAUUCGAAAUAUCAUUAGCAGAUAUCAAUGAAAUAUUACGAGCAAAUAUUGAACAAAAAACACAACUUGAUCAACAACAACAGUUAGAUGAUAAUAAUAAGAAUAAUAUUGAAACACGUGCGAAAUUAAUGGAAUUAAAUGCUGAAGCACUUGAAUGUCGUGCAGCUGCUGUACAAUUACAACAAGAAGCUAGAAUAGCUAUAGCUAAAGCAGCUGAACUUGACAAACGUGCUAAAGAUGAAUUAGCUCAACAAGCCGUUGAAAUGAAAAUUAAACAAGAAGAAAUCGAAAGAACACGAGCUGAAGAACUUGAACGACGUGUACGAUUGGAAGAAGAACAACGACUAAAAGAACUUCAGCGAGAACGUGAACAACAAGAACGUCUUGCAGCAAUGGCAAAAGUACAGCAACAACACAAAGAAGAUGAUUAUAAUAACUACACAACACGCGAUUUCAUGCAUGAUGAUCAAUGUCCUCAAUGUAUUGUACGAAGUCCAUCUAAUACGAAAUCAAUACCACUUAGUAUAACAUUUCUUAAUGUUUCCGAAACAGAGAAUCUUCUUGAUAAUCAAGAAGAACUUAUAAGUACACCAAUACAAGUCAAAUUUGAAUCAAAAGAAAAUAAUCAAGAUUAUAUUUUAUUUUCUAUUCCUUAUAUUAUUAAACGAUCAAAUCAUCGAGAAAAUAUUAUAAAAAUUCGUCAACCAAAUGGUAUUUGGAUAUCAACUGAGACAAACGAAUCAAUGUUUGAUGCACACAAAGAAAAACGUUUUGUUGAAUGUAAAUUAAAUCAAUCAACAGCAUGUGCAGUUGUAUCGCGUUUAAGACUUGAUACAGUUUUAAUUAAUAAAAAAUCAUCCGGUCGAUUUAUAUCAAAUGCUGAUUCACGUGUGACAUUACAAUGGCCAAAAGAUGUUUCACAAACAAAUAUUCGUAUUAAUCUACGUGUUCAGCCUGUUGAUUUACCAGCAUUUGCACAAUUUUCCGAGAAUUUUUCACAUGAAUCUGAAGGUUUAUUAGCUGUUGGACCUAUAAUUGAUCUUGAUUGUGAUGAUAUUACAUUACUUAAACCAAUUCAAUUUAAAUUACCUAUUCUUUUACCAACGAAAAAGAAUGAAGGAUCAAUGAAAUCAUCAGGUAUAGACUCACAACGAACAGUAACGAAUCAAACAACUCAAGAUAUUAUUUUACAACAACAACAAUCUAUUUUUAAAUCAAUGCUUGGCGAAGAUUCAAAUAAUGACCGACUUAUUCUACUCUAUUGUAAUCAAAACGAAAACACAUGGCAUAUUGAUACCAAUGUUUCUAUAACUGAUACAAAAACUCAUGAUAUUGUAAUAACAGAUUUAAAAUGUUUACAUCCACGAAUGAUUAUUGCACGUUGUGAUAAACAAUUAACAUCAACAAAAAAAAUACAAACAGCAAUUAAAUUACUUGAACAAUCACUUAGUCAACGAUCUGUUUCGUUAAUGGUUCGUCGUCGUUUAUCAAAUGUAAAUGAGAUUUGUUUUGUUUGUUGUUCAAGUCAACGUACGAAUACAGUGCAUGAUGAUCUUCAACAAGAAAAUUAUACGAAUGAUGAUGAACAAUUUAAAGAACUUACUUUACAAGAAGGACAAUUAUUAGAAUUACGUUUUCGUGGAAAUGUUCUACCAAAUGAUUAUCAUCAACAAUCAUAUUCAUUUGCAUUUAAUACAAAUUUUCCUUAUUAUUUUCAAACAAAUGUUUCUCAAACAGAUAAAUAUUCUCAACAUUUUUCACCAUUUUUCUAUGGUUUUGUACAAAUAUUUUCGAAACAAAAGGUUCUACGAGCUGUACCAAAAGAAACUGAUAAGAAAAAACAACAAACAGAAACCGUAUGUGAAUGGCAUGAUGUUGAUGUCUGUUUAGCUGAAUUAGUUGUCCGUUUACCAAAACUAACUGAAGAAACUGGUAUACCAACUACUAAAACAUUACCAACAUUUACUGUUGAAGGAAUUAUAACACCAGCACUUUUUCGUGAUAUAUCAGCUAGUUUACAUGGUGAUGAAUGGCGUUGGUUAGCACGUCGUUUAGGUAUGACACGUAUACGUAUUGAAGCUAUUGAACAUGAUCAUCAUGAUGAUGCAUCUUAUUAUAUGUUAUUUGCAUGGUUUAAACGUGUAGCACGUUCAACUGAUAAAGUUUCAUUAUUAAUAAAUGCAUUAGUGAAUAUAAAUCGAUGGGAUUUAGCACAAGAUUUACAAGCAAUUAAAGAUGAAAAACGUCAAGAACAAAAAACAUCAUCAAAAGAUGAUCAAUUACGAUCAUUCUAUGUUCCAUUUAAUCGUAUCUGUCAACGUGAUGAAUGUAUUCGUAUAUGGAAACAAAUUGCAAGAGAAUUAAUGUUAACUAAUGACGAUAUUGAACAUAUUGAAAGACAAUAUCCAUCAAAAGAAGAACGUUGUUUAAGAAGUUUAGAACAUUGGGCUUCAAAUAGCGCUCAAGCUGAUAUUACAAAUUUAGCACGUAUUAUGAGAUCACUUGGAUUUAAAUCUCUUGCUCGUGAACUUGAUAAUAUGGCAUAA